GCCUUUAUUCACCAGGGAAUAUGUUCCGUAUAAUGCUAAUACAUAAUUUGUUAGUAAUAACCCACCAGCCAUCAUGUAAAAUGACAACAAUAUUAUACCUGAACAAUGUCAGAUAGUGAAGCUCCCCCACUAUCAUCGCCACAGUUUAAGGCAUAAUCAUAUAUCAUAUGUUUAAGGUUUCAAUGUCAUUAGUAAGUAACAUACAUAUACAUUCUACAAGUAGUAGCAAUUACAACGCGAUUACGCUUCAAGCGGUCCAACCAGAACGGCUUGAAUACGCCCGCGGGCGCCGGUCGGCAAAAAAUUGACUUGUGACACCCAUAAAUUAAAUUAACAAAGUAUUGAGCUGACAUAAUCAUAUUUCAAUUUUUUUUAUUAAAUAUUAUUAUAAUUCGGUAUCCGAGGCUGCUUAAGUUAUACAAAACAGAACUUCUUUACUUAUUAACUGGUGCCAUAAAUCUAACGUGAUUCGGAAAUAGCAAAUUUAGUUUUUUUUUUUGUUUGUAGAAGUAUAUUUAUGGAGCGACUUCGUAUAUCGUUUCAGUCAUUAUUAUUUUGCCUUGGUGGACACUUCUGAUUAUAAGUGUAUAGAAGAUGGUGCAAGUGAGAGUGAGCGAGGGUGUACUGGAAGGGGAGCAGGUCCAGAAUGAUAAUGGAGGCUCGUUCUACAGGUUCAGGGGCAUACCUUACGCCCAGCCACCACUUGGAGAUCUCCGGUUUAAGGCACCACAGCCAAUUAAACCAUGGCAAGGAGUGCGGCAGGCCAAACAGUUUGGCUCAGUAUGUUACCAGUACAACCCCACUAACCUUGGACUCUCAAACAUGAGUGAGGACUGCUUGUACGUGAAUGUCUAUACUCCAGACAUUAAACCUCAAACGCCUAUUCCUGUAAUGGUUUGGAUCCACGGUGGAGGAUUCAUGUGGGGAAGUGGCAAUGACGACCUCUACGGCCCAGAAUUUCUAAUCAGACACAAUGUAGUUCUAGUCACUUUCAACUACAGGCUUGAAGCUCUCGGCUUUCUAUGCCUUGACACUGCAGACGUUCCCGGCAAUGCUGGCAUGAAGGAUCAAGUAGCAGCCCUUAGAUGGGUUAAAAGGAACAUUGCGAACUUUGGAGGCAACCCUGACAACAUCACAAUAUUUGGUGAAAGUGCUGGUGGUGGAAGUGUUUCACAUCAUCUAAUAUCCCCAAUGUCCAAAGGCCUCUUCAAUAGAGCAAUCCCACAGAGUGGAUCCACCGCAUGUUUUUGGGCUACAGCAUUCGAACCAAAAGAAAAAGCUAUACUUCUUGCUAAGCAACUGGGUUUCCAUUCAGAGGAUCCAAAAGAAUUAUAUGAGUUCUUCAAAAAACAACCUUGUGAAAAUCUGGUCAAGUUAAACUUACAAGUAACAACGUCACAGAAGUCUUAUGAAAUUCAUUUUAGUAUUGCAAAUGAGAAAGAUUUCGGACAAGAAAGAUUCUUUUAUGGCGAUAUCGUGGACGCAAUUAAAAACAAUUUACAAGAAGGUGUAGACAUUAUGACAGGGUACACAAAGGAUGAGUAUACAAUAGCGGUGUCCAUCGGUGGACCGCUGGAGGAUAUACUUGCAAAAGCUCAGAGAUACCGGGAAUUUUUCGCUCCCAAACUAUUACACAACUACGGGACGAUAACUGACCAGUUAGAAGCUGCACGAAAGUUACAAAAGUUUUAUUUCAAAAACGAGAAAGUAUCGAAGAAUAAUAUUGAUAAUUUAUUGAAUUACAUGAGCGUUGAUAUGUUUGUUUAUGGCGUGAUGUUUGCUGCGAAGUUGUAUUCAAGGAAGAAUAAAGUGUACGUUUACAAAUUCAAUUGUUUCUCAGAGAGGAAUGUCCUCGCCAAUGCUUUUUGCGUCGGCCAUCUUACGGACGACCGGUCAGUUGUAAGUCAUGCGGAUGAUUUGGCAUAUCUCUUCCCAGUGAAACUUUUUACACAAAAAGUUAAUAAAACAUCGGACACAUUCAAACUGAUUGACAGGGUCACUACACUUUGGACAAACUUCGCCAAAUACGGGUGA